UGUAGAUAAAAACAACAUUUACUGAUUUUAAUUCACUAAUUUGGGAUGAUUGGAUUGGAUCGUAUCGAAAUCUUCUUGUUCCUAGUAAGGCCCAUUUCUGCCGACUCAGUCAACGACUAGGCUAGAUUGACCACUGACCAGUGAUAACUUCUCUGUCUCUCCCGUCUUCGUUUGAAAACACAGAACAAAAACCCUCGCGGCAUUUUAUUUCGAUCUCUCUCUCCUUCAAUUAGGGUUUCUCGCAGAUUCCUCCUUCCUCUGCUUUACAAGGUAACGUCUGUAACUCAAUCCAUUUAUUGAUUCUCUCGUUUCGUGAUAAAGAAUAUACCACCAAUACUUCAAUUCAAAUCGUAACCGUAACCAAUCGAGCUAACGUUCAUAAAACGCAAGCCGAUAUCUCAAAUGACAAAGAUCUUACGGAGAGAUCUCAAUCAAGAUGAGUACAACACCAUAAUCUCACACGAAGAAGAAACUAAGAAGGACAUAAAACAAACUACAAUUCUCAAAUUCUGUUUUUGCAUAAUGAAGAUGAUGAUGAAUAGUUCUCUCUUAAUGCCUGCUUGCUCCGAUCACAUCGCUCCACGUAUUUUUCCUCACUUCCACCAACCACUAAACUCCACGUGUCACCCUUUGUUCCACAUGAGCCAUUCAUCUCAUUUCCUGUAUCAUUUCGCUACCGAUUUCACAAACUAGGAUCGUUUUGAUCGAUUUCAUGUAAAAUCCAUGUUCGAAUUUAAAACUCCUCUCUCUCUCUGGGUGUAAUAGAUUUGAUCAUUUUUCUUCUGGAGAUUUCUAGAGAUGGAGGCGGAGAUAAAUAUGCAAGUGGAUGAUGCUGUAACAAGGAAGCCUCGUAUCUUACUGGCUGCAAGUGGAAGUGUGGCUGCGAUUAAGUUCAGCAAUCUAUGCUACUGUUUCUCAGAAUGGGCUGAAGUCAAAGCCGUCGCUUCUAAAUCAUCUCUCAAUUUCGUGGAUAAACCUUCUCUUCCUCAGAACGUGACUCUCUAUACAGAUGAAGAUGAAUGGUCUAGCUGGAACAAGAUUGGUGAUCCUGUGCUUCACAUCGAGCUUAGACGCUGGGCUGAUGUUAUGAUCAUUGCUCCUUUGUCUGCUAACACUUUAGGCAAGAUUUCUGGUGGGUUAUGUGAUAAUCUGUUGACAUGUAUAGUAAGGGCGUGGGAUUAUAGCAAACCGUUGUUUGUUGCACCUGCGAUGAACACUUUGAUGUGGAACAAUCCAUUCACAGAACGGCACCUUGUGUUGCUUGAUGAACUUGGAAUUACACUCAUUCCCCCCAACAAGAAGAAACUGGCCUGUGGAGAUUACGGUAAUGGCGCAAUGGCCGAGCCUUCUCUGAUCUAUUCCACCGUUAGACUGUUCUGGGAGUCCCAGGCUCAUAAACAAAGUGAUGGGACCAGUUGACUCUUACCUGGACAUUAAUU